CUUCUUCUUCUGCAAGGUGUUGCGACAUCGCCUAUCUGCGCCUGUCCUGUCAGUGGCCCAACAACCCAAGUCCGAUUGGCCUCUCGUCGGCAUCUAGAACCAGUCACCGUCUCGAAUCCCCGGUCACGAGCUGGACCAAUAAUCCCCUCCAAGACACACCCCAAGCAGCAAGAAAAAAAAAAGACAAAAACUCGUCAACAAAUGACCACCAGUGUGUUGUCGCCUACGUCUCCCGCUGCUGGCCCUCCUCCGCCAGCCAGUGACUGUGGCUUUACCAUUCGACUGGUGAACGACGACGGCGACUCGGAUCUGGACAUCGAUGCCCAAGACAGCCUCGUUACGAUUGAUGACUGCAAGGAAGAUCAAGACUCCCCAUCGUUACAAUCACAGCAGCUAGACCGGGAUACCUCUAGCUCUCACCAGGACCAGCAACAGCGUCAGGAUAGCGCCGUCGAACUGUCCUUUUCGGAGGUCCCUACCGAGCUGCUCCAGUUCACCAACUCCGAUACUACUACCACCAGCGACAGCAGGCCUGCUACUAGCUCCAGCGCUUCCACUAACAACAAUACGAAUCACCUUCACAUUUCCGUAAAUCACCUCGACUCCGAACCGCCCACCACCUCCUCCUCUUCCUCUUCCUCUUCCUCAACACCGCGACAAUCCAGCUUCUCGACAGACGUCCUCCUCACCCCCGAUCCGACCCCUCCCGGUCUUCGCGCCACCCGCAAACCCUCCCCGGGUCUCGCUGCGAGAUUGAAGGCUCUCGGUUUCGGCGGCCAGCGCAAACCCGCAUCCCCGCCCCAACACCGGGAACUCGAGAUCGGCAAACUGCCCGAGGAGACGCUGAAGAAGCUCGACGAGCACCACUUGUCCCUUUCUCAAGCCCUCGUUAUCGAGCGACGCGGUCGUCCUUGGAAAGGUCCUCUUGUCCACCUUCCAUCAUCAUCAAGCUUGAAGGCAUCCACGCUGUUCCAUCAUCACCGCCACAAAUCAGAGGAAACCCAAGAGGAAGCCGAGGAGGCCGCCCAUGAAGAACACGCAGACAUCGGUGGUGACGUACUAGCUCAACAACAAGAACAUCACGAUAACGACAGCGUUUCCACCUCACCAGACGACAACACAGAAAUGGACACUAACAAGUACCGACUCCCCGAUCAUGUCAACGGUAACGGCGUCAAGGCACAACCAGACACGCGACACGAGCAUAUAGCCCGCGAUUCACGCCCAAGUUCAUCCCAGUCUUCCGAUGACGUGCCGCCCCCGCCUCCGCCAAAGGAUACAUACCCCUCCCAGUCACAUCAACGCGACACCUCCAACAGCUCCGCCAACAACAGUAGCGCCGACGACUUCAACCCGGACGACAUCUCCUUCAACCCUCUCAGCCUCUCCCGCCCUCAAUCUGUCUAUACGUUAUCUCGCGCCUCCUUUGCAAACCAGCUCGCCCAGCUAACCUCCAUCACCCUUCCCGAUGCCGAGCUCCUCUCCAACAAGAUUGCCGCCAUUCCCACGGCCCAAGUAGCCGCCCGGGCGCUUAUCGGCGCAGCCGAACAGAUUCGCGGAUGGAUCUACAAGGCCUCGGAAGUCAUCGGCGGUCUCGAAGCCGACGAUGACGUGGAGUGGGCGGCCGCUGGUGGGCGCGAAGGAGUAGAUGAAGUUGAAAAGGCGAUUGUGCGGUUCGAGGAGCUGAUCAACAUCUAUGUUGGAGCUAUCGAAGAGCUGCAGGAGCGCCAAGACAUCAACGAGGUUUCGACGGAGGAUUUGCGCCGAGCCGUAGCGCAGAUGGAGAGCAUUAUGGGCGAGUGGGCGCGAAUCAGGAACACGUUGAGGGCCGUCAAGUCGCAGGUGGAGUUGGCCAUGGAGUGGGAGGAGCUGUGGAACGUGGUGUUGGGCGAUAUCCAGAUGGAGGUGGAUGACUUGAGCAAGCUGGUGUUCGAGAUGGAGGAGAGGAGGCAUAAGACGGCCAUGUUGGCGGGCGAUGGAGUGGAUAUCGGGGAUUUGGAGACCAUCGUUGAGGAGGCGCCGACGUCCUUGGUGAGCAGGCUGCAGGCGGCUAAUACCCAUGGGAACGGGAAGUUUGGUCAUCCUGGUUUUCCGAAUAGCCCGACGUCACCGCUGCCGACUCCGUCGACGGGAAUCUCGAUGGACGACUCAAGCUUGUUGGCGCUGUUUGCGAGAAUGCAGCCGCUGAGGGCUUCGUUGGAUUUUCUGCCCAUGAGACUGGCGGGCUUCCAGUCAAGGGCGGAGAAUAUCUUCCCUACUGCUUCCGAUGAGUUGGAGAUGCGGAGGCACAGUCUCGAGGCUACCUACAGGAAGCUGGAGAAGGAUGCCGAGUCUCUGAGGAAGGAACUAGGUGAGGAUCGGUGGGUGUUGGUGUUCAGGGGCGCCGGCAGACAGGCGCAAAAGAUGUACGAGUCCGUCCUGCGAAGCUUAGAGAAAGUGAAGGAGGCGUUCGACACGGGAAUGCACUUGACGAACCAGCCCAUGAUGAGCAAAAGGCUGGAAAGUUAUGAGGCUAAGAAGACUCAUUACGGGCCUGCUAUCGAGAGGGUUCUGUCGAUUAUCGAGAAGGGCGUCAAGGAUCGCUUGACGGUCAACGGAGAGAUCUUGCGUUUGCAUAACGAGAUGCAGACCAAGUGGAAGGAUCUGAAGGCGGAGAUGGUUGACGUGGAUAUGGUUGUGGAGGAACUCUAUUCGAAAGGACAGCAACUACGGGAUUCCGUUUCCAGCAUCUUGUCCGAUAGGUCUCCAUUGGGCAGCGGCCACGAGACUCCCCAGAGCUCACCACCGUCGUCUGUCAUUAUGACGGGUCGAAACGCUCCCCCCACUGCUCGGUCCAAGUCACGACAGGCGGGUACUCCCGGUAGCCAGCUUCCGAAACCUGCUGCGUCUCGCCGGCAGUCAACCAUCCCAGCCUCGGCCUCAACCGUCACCCGCAAAGCGGUACCAUCCAAUCCCCGGAUGUCCACCAUCUUUGCCAGUACCCCGGUAAAGACGGACUACCGCGAAAGACCAGGCACAACUACGCCUUCCAGCUCCCGCUCCGCCGCUCAACCCCCUCGUCCAUCCUCCAAACUCGACAACCGUCCUCGUUGGAACGCCACCUUUAGCCCAUCCGACGUCGACACAGGCCAUAACUUCAAACCUCUGAGCCUGACCACCCCUUCGCCCUAUGCCAGGUCUACUUCCUCCUUGGGCCAGUCCUCUACUUCCAAAUUACCGCAAACCCGCUCUCCUUUGACCCACGGCUCGGACGUACAGAGUCCCACCCUCAAAAGAGCGAACGCCACGGCAUCAAAACUGUCCUUCCGCGAGCGCAUAUCCUCUCCCGGUCCUUACUCUCAGCAAACCCUCUCCAAGAGCGUCGGUCCCAGCGCCACCCCGCGCCAGUCCAAGACUUCCCACUCCUACUACCCUCCUUCAUCCUCCAACACUUCUCUUCAUUCCUCCACCAGCGGCCGCGAACGCGUCGAACCCCCCACCGGCUCCGGCACCUCCAACAUGCGCAGCAACCCCAAGCGCCAAUCCCUCCAACCGCCUCGCAUGUCCGAACCCAGUCUCGCAGUACGACCAGCUAGUUCCAUGUCUACUUCGCGCAGCAACCGGCAGAGCAUGCUUCCGCAGCCGACUUCCCGCUUAGGGAGGGCUACCACCCCUGGAUUGACGGGACGGGAGAGCCCGCAGGCGGUGGCGGGGGCGAGACAUGCUAUGGGUUUGAACACGGGUAACACGAGCGCUGUUGGGGCGGGGAGGAGGAGUGGAAGUUCGCUGGGGAUGAGUGGAGGAUAUGCGAGUAGGAGUGGGAGUUCGCUAGGGAUGAAUGCGGUGGGGAAGGAUGGAAGGCCCAGGUGGAGGAAUCCCGGAGUCUAAAUAACUCUAGGCUUGUUGUGGUGUGAUGUAAGUGACGGGAAGAUCGAUGAAUAUGGCGAUGGAUGAAAAAGGGGAGGAGGUAUGAUGUCGGCCUGUUUGUUGCCUUGCUGAGCCUGCGUUGCGUUGUGUUUCACGUUGUUUUCGUUUCUUGUUUUGUUGUUUUGAUCCCAUGCUGUUGGCUUUUCCCCUCUGCUCUUCAACGCAUACCCAAAGCACUUUUACCAUAUGAAAACUAGCAUUGCAUAGCUCUGGCGUUUGUUUUUGCUUUUGUAUACUUUGGUCUUUUUCGUUUACAUUCAAGAUCGCAUCAUGUAUAGUUCUGACCUUAUUGUCAUUCAUGGAGGGAAGAGGCAAGAGAGAAGAAGGGAAGAAGGGAAGAAUGACGGGCGGGCGAACGGGUCAUGGCGUUGAGUUGAGUUUAUAGCUUGUGGUUAGGUAUAUAGUAUAUUCUAGGGUGAUUGCAUUUAUUGCAU